ACUGGCCGCGCGCAAACCACUCGCAGUUUUGUCCUUACUCAGCCACAGCUUGCAAUUUGACUCGUUCAAUUCAAAUUGAGAACAAUUAAUUUUUUUAAUCGUGAACUUUGAAUGUAGUGUAGUGCCAUGGCUUUGCUGCAAGGACCUUCGCUGAAACAGCUGGAGAUGAUUAAGCAGGAGUUGGGGGAGGGUGAAGGGGACCUCGAAAGAGGGGUGCGGGACCUCCGGAGCAUGUGUGCUGCUUCGCCACAUCUGCCACGGCCUGAGAGCAUAGACACAAGUUUCCUGGAGCUAUUCGUGCGUGGUUGCCGCAUGGAUAUGGAGCGCGCACGCACCAAGUUCGAGGCGUUCUGCGCCGCCAGGGGGCGCCACAGGGACCUGUACCAGCAGCGAUCGCUAAACGACCCGCCGCUUAACGACAUCUGCAACUUUAUGGACAUAGUGCCGAUGCCAAAGGUCACAGACGACGGGCUCCGAGUGACCAUAUUCCGCAUCAGGCCGCAGUACCCGGAGAGCAGCGCAGACAUAGCGGCGACUGUUCGUGCUGUCCUGCUCGUGGCCGACGCGCGCAUGCGCGAUGAGAAGGCCAUCACCGGCGACGCAUUCGUGUGGGAUUUGUCAUCGGUUCGCGCGUCACUGGUGGCGCGCGUGGCGGCGGCGGCGGGCACGGUGCGGCGCGGCAUCCACCUCGCGCACGCGGCGUACCCGCAGCGGCUCAAACGCAUCCACGUGGUCGGCGCGCCCACCUUCAUCGCCUCCUCGCUACAGCUCAUGCGGUCCUGUAUGAACGAGAAAGUCAAACGGCGGUUUUAUUUGCACUCCAAAGUGGACGAGUUGCUCGAGCAAAUCCCCGCGCGAGUGUUGCCAGCCGAAUGGGGCGGCGAAGAGGACUCCAUAGACACGCUCGCCCGGAAGUGGCGGCACCGCAUCGACGAGAGCCGCGACUACCUGCGCACCCUCAACGAAUUCUCCUCCUCCAACGUCAAGUCGGCAGACAGCGAUAUCUAUGGCGCGGUUGGCGCAUUCAGAAAACUUGACAUCGAUUAGUCCAUGGUUCAUAGAACUUUAUAAAAUGCCGCGAAAAACUUUUGUGUGAGUGGUUGCAGAAAUAUUGCGAGCCACGCUGUUCGUGAUGGGGAUACAGGGGGGUUAUGUUUACGUUUAAUUUAAAUAUUGUCACUGUAACUAUCACACCAAAGAAUGAAGAUGAAUGUCAUUCCAAGUGAAUUGUAUUCAACUGUUUCGUGUUAAAGGUGUUUUUAAUCAAUUUGUCGUUUACCUACUACUUUAUUGUGUUACAUAUAGCGUAGAGCCAGAAUCUCGACAGAUUGCGGGUAUUCUUCGCAUUAUUUAGAGAUUAUAAUUUUGUAUAAAUACGUUGUAAACAAAAUGUGUCGGGUAUCUUCGGCGCUUGGUGUACGCAAAAGUAGGACAAACGAAUGGAAAGAUAAAACUUCCAAGUUUUAUGUUCAAAUUACCGUUUGUUUAGUAAUUAUUAUGUUAAGAAAGAAAUUAGGUAGGUACUUUAAGUUUCCCUAUAAUUUAAGAGCCGUAGUAUAAGUCUAAG